AUGUAAUAAUAUAGGGAGUUCAAAUCUCAUAUUAAGAAGUCAGAAUACACAACUUCAGAUAAGAACUUUCCCCUUGCUUUACAUGCCUUAUUAAUCUACGUAUUUUUUAUAUCAUUUAACAUUGCCGGAAAAAUGUGUUAAUAAGACAUAUUUGCUAAAAGGUUUCCUGGAGAUGAAAACAAUUUAGGAAAUUUAAUGUGGUUUUGUUAUUAGACAGUUGCUUUUAUAGGAUUAGCAUAAUUGCCUAAAAUUGUAAAUUUUAUCACAUUUAGAAUUAUAUUGAUGGUAGGAUCUUUAGGACCUUAAAUUUUUAUUUUACCUGCCAUUCUGGCAUCUAGUUCGAAUUGUCCUGAUUGGGCAAUCUAUCUAAUUGGUAUACUUUGUUCAAUCUGUUCUGGAAUAUUAUCAGUAAUAUUCUUAUUUGGAAUGCUAUAUUAUUUAUCUAACUUAUCAUUCGGAGACGAAAAAAUAUUAUAUUAUUGUUCACUCUAUUUUAUGUAAUUUAUACAUAUAUAAAUUUAGUCAUAGUUUUUAAUGGAUAUUAGGUAGCUUUUUUGCUGAAAUUUUUAGUAGAGCAACAAUUGAGGCAACUGGCAGACUAUUUUAUAUUUCUGUUGUAUAACUAAUUCUAAGUCUUCUCUUUUUAACUACUUUUGAACCCAAUCAUCCAAGGUUACGAAGAACUAAAGAACAAAUUCUUAGUUUAAUUGAAAUUAAAACAAGUUAACAAAUAGAUAAAUUAAAUACAUUAAGAUAAUUAAUAAUCAGUGGAAUAUAAGUUGAGAAUUUAAAUUAAUAAUAAAAAGCUAAAUCAGAAGAAGAACUCAAAUAAAUUAUGAAUAAUAUGACAAUUCAAUGUUUUUCUUUAGAUUCAAGCAAUUUAAGUAUGAUAAUUGAAAAAGAAGAAUUUAAUGUUUAUUAAAAUAAAUCAUAUUUAGAAUGUAUAAAAUAUACUUCAUAUGAAUUAUGGAAAAGAAAUGCCCUAUAUUUAUUGCCUUUAGUACUUACUGUAGCUUUACUUGAAGGUUUUAUUUAUAUCUAAAUGCUCAAUUAUAUAAUGUUUUUAGCCUCAAAAGUUGAUGAUGCUAGUAGUUCCUUUGAAAUUGAGUUUAUUUUCUUUUAUGUAGGCUUAGGUUAUGUUCUUGGAUGUUUUGCUAUCGGGAUUUUUGGGGAUUUUAAAGAUAAAAUAGUUUGGAUGAUUUUCACUUUGACUAUCUUACAGUUUAGCUUUAUUUUUAGUUGGGUUGUAAUAAGUUAUAGAACAAAUAUCUACUUUUUCUUUUAGUUGUUUGCUGCAAUGUUAGGAUUUUGUGCAUCUGGCUUAACUUCUUCUAUUAUCUCCUUUUUAUGCUUUGAAUUUUCAUCCCUGAUUUAUAUGGUAGAUACAAUUUAUAUUAUUUAUUCAAUUUGUUUUGCAAUAUCGUCACUGCUUUUUAUUUUUGGAAGUAGAGAUGUAUUUGAACAUUUGAUUGUAAAUUUAUCCAUAAUGUAACUUGUUGCAAUGAGUAAUUACUACUUUAUCUAUAAAUAUUAUAGAAUAAAAAAAUUAAGUAAAUAAUGA